CCCACCUUAAAACUACACUCAAUUUUCUGAUUUGAUUGAUAUUAAAAUCGGCGUACUCCUACAAUCCCCGUACUCGCUCUUCCUUCUUUAGCUCUUUUUGUUUUUGUUUUUGUUUUCUCUUAUUUUCUUCCGAUCUGAAGCCCAUCCGUGGCUUUCACAGUCCCUUGAUCUCCUCCUAUAUCCCAAUCACUUUUUCCCUUCUUGCGAUCUCACGAAACCCGUGAGGUUUCGAUCUCUUUCUCUUGCUCUCUCUCUCUCUCUCUCUCUCUCUCUCUCUCUCUCUCUCUCUCUCUCUCUUUUUAAAUUAAGGACAAGGCUAUUUGCUAUAUUUUCUCUCUCUAGGGUUUCCAUUAAGGGACGACGCCCCAGUAUCCCAUCUCAUCUCAGAUUUUGUUCAAUCUGUUUGAAUGACCUUGUAACAAAAUCUGAAUCAUGACGUCAAGCAUGCCACCUGGAGAACGGAGAUGGACUUCUGCGAGACGAAGUGGCAUGACUGUUUUGGGAAAAGUUGCUGUUCCAAAACCUAUAAACUUGCCCAGUCAAAGGUUAGAAAAUCAUGGUCUGGAUCCUAAUGUGGAAAUUGUUCCCAAGGGAACCCUUAGUUGGGGCAGCAAAUCAUCUUCUUCAUCAAAUGCAUGGGGCUCCUCGACAUUGUCUCCAAAUAUUGAUGGUGGUAGCAGUUCAUCCAGCUAUCUCAGUGCCCGCCCUUCAUCUGGGGGAAGUGGCACAAGACCUUCAACUGCGGGUAGUGACAGAGCACAUGAACCUGCUAAUGCCUGGGGUUCAAAUUCUAGACCAUUGUCAGCUUCUGGGGCAUUGGCUUCAAAUCAGACAUCACUUGCAUCUUUGCGUCCUCGCAGUGCAGAAACAAGACCUGGUAGCUCUCAGUUAUCCCGGUUUGCUGAAGCUGUGCCUGAAAAUUCAGGGGCAUGGGGUGCCGCUGGGACGGCAGAAAAAUUGGGAAUGACAUCUUCCAAGAUUGACGAGUUUUCUCUCACAUCUGGAGACUUUCCUACUCUUGGUUCUGAAAAGGAUACCUCUGGAAAGAACACUGAGUUGCAAGAGCAUGGUUCUCAAUGUCGUCCUGGCUCAUCCUCUGGAGUAGCACCAAUGAAAGAGAGUACUGGGACUUCUAUUGUUGUUGACAUUUCUGUAAAUGCAAAUCUAAAGAGUGGAACUGCAAAUUCUUGGAGAAGAGAUAAUCCUCCAUACAGUGAAGAGGGAGUCCGACCAAGCAUGGAGAAGUGGCAUGCAGAUCCCCAGGGGCCCCAUCCAUACCCUAAUACUGGUAUUCCGCCACAACAUUAUGAUGCUUGGCAUGGCCGACCAAUAAACAAUCAUCCAGGUGGUGUUUGGUAUAGAGGACCUCCUGCAGGUCCUCCAUAUGGGCCACUAGUUGCUCCUGGGGGCUUUCCUUUGGAACCACUUACUUAUUAUCGGCCUCAGAUUUCAGGUAGUGCUCUUGGUAAUCCACAGCCAGUUCCUCCUCCAGGAGCAGGGCAAAGGGGACCUCAUCCAAAAAAUGGAGAUAUGUACAGAGGCCCUAUGCCUGAUGCUUUUGUCCGCCCAGGUAUGCCAAUUAGGCCUGUUUUUUACCCUGGUCCGGUGGCCUAUGAGGGCUACUAUGGUCCUCCCAUGGGCUAUCGUAAUUCAAAUGAACGAGAUAUGCCAGUUAUGGGAAUGCCAGCUGGCUCGUCUUCUCACAACUGGUAUCCAGGUCAAAAUGCUCCAGAUCCUGGUGUUUCUUAUGCCAGGCCCAGUGGCUAUGGUCCUCCAGGAAAAGCAUUGCCUGCAGAGCAUUUGGAAUCCGGCCAUCCUCAUGAUACACGAGGACCGUACAAGGUUCUUUUGAAGCAGCAUGAUGCUUGGGAAGGAACAGAUGAAGAGCAGAGGUCAGAGGAUAUUGUGACAGCCAGUGUAAAGAAGGAUGAUCAAAAGAGAACAUCAUCAUGGGAAAAUGACUGGAAAGCAGAUCAGAGGAAGCAGGAAGAAGUGAAUAUAAGGACAGUUGUUGAGGAAGCUUCCACCCAGAUUAUUGACCACAAUGGAGGGGAUUCUAUCUUGGGCAAAGUGAAGUCAUCUGAAGGUGUGGAAAAUGCUAAGGCAUAUGGCGAUAUUUCAGUGAAGAAAAUGGAGCAUCUGGAAGUCUCUGUUGCCACAGAAGGUUCCAGUCUAAUUCAGAAAAUAGAGGGUUUAAAUGCAAAGGCUCGGGCCUCUGAUGGGCGAUAUGACUCUAUAUCUGUUUGCAGUAUGGAGGAGCAGAAAAAUAACUCACAAGUAGUUAAUGCAAAGGCAAAGCAUUUUACAAAUGAAGUUGCAACUGGUUCUCAUGCUGCAUUUCCUGAUAGAAUGCCUUCUCAAAUGAUUGGACCUACCUCUAGUGAAGUAGUUGUUUCAGCUGGAGUUAAGAGCCUUGGUUUGCCAGCUUUUGGUGGAGCAGGCAUUAACAGGAGAUCUACCCGUAGCAUGCAUGGUAGAACUGAUCAUCGAGGCAGGGGAAGAUUCAAUUCUCAAGAUGUUGAUGGAUGGAGAAAGAAACCUCCAUUUACAGAUUCGUCAAGAGUAAAAUCCACCACACAUUCUGAAAAUCCUUUUGAUGCAAUUGUGCAAGAAUAUAUGUCAUUAGAGGCUUCAAAGAAGUCUGAAUCAUAUCCCCAAGCAAUAGACGAGUCAGAGUCCGUGCCACCUGUAUAUGAUCCAAGUGAUAGCCAAGCGCAGCAUGCCAUGAUGAAGGAACUUGCAAAGCAGCGUGUCAAACAACGAGAAAAAGAAGAGGAAGAGCGGGCUAGAGACCAGAAGGCUAAGGCUCUUGCAAAAUUGGAAGCGUUGAACAGGCGCACACAAACAGCUGAAGGUUUAACUCAGAAGUUGGAAUCUGUUCCAGAUAGUGCUGUCCAGAGUAGGCAAGCAGAAUCCCGAACACUUGCUGAAGAAACGAUCCUCACUAACAGAUCUGAUGUAACAAGCUUGGUUUCCAACCCAUCUGUAGUUGUGGACGUUGGUCAAAGCAGCAUCGGGGAAUAUGAAAAGCUCAAUAUUUUGUCCAAUCAACAACCUUUGGCAUCAACAAAAAUUGUGCAUAAAGCAACUGCAGAUAUGGAUAACCAUUCUUUGCCCUUGCAACAGAGAGUUAAUAAUGCUGAUGCUGCUCUCCAUAAUCACCCACAGUUUAGCGAUGGUAGCACUUCAAAGCAGAAGCAUGCAGGCUAUAAAAAAAAGGAUUGUAACUUGGUGGAUAAGAGCUCCAGUGAGAAGUAUAUUUCUAAAAGUACAACUGAAUUGCCAAAUAUUCAUACUGAUGCAGCAGUUGAUGUGGUUCCUUCUACUGAGGCUGUUAUAAAUGAAAUUAACUCAAUCUCUGGGUCUAUUUCUACACAAAAUGUUGUGAAUGAGCCCCCAAUGCACCAGAGAAGGAAAAAUAACAGGAGUGGUAAGAACAAGCACAAAGUGGAGGAGGCAUCAUCCACAACUCCUUUACCAUCUGGGAUUUCUAAAGAAAUAAAUCAUACAGGUUCUUCUGUUGAGAGUUCGAAGCCAAAGUCUUCUGAAUGUGAGUUGGAUCCUAGCUCGUUUCAGUCUCUGACUGGUUUAAAGGAUGGAAUUCAGUCUUCAGAGCAGGACUUAACUUUUCCUAAUGAAGAAGCCUCUGGCCGAGUGAAUAACCUGUGGAAAUCUCAGCAUUCUCGCAGGAUGCCUCGAAAUCCACAAGCUCAUAGAUCUGCGGUCCACAGUGGUGAUGCUGUUGUAUGGGCACCUGUGCGGUCACAUAACAAAGCUGAGGUUACUGAAGAGGUCAGCCAUAAGUCGGUUGUUGAGGCUGUUGCUCCGCAGGCAAAGAAUGAUGCUCAAGUGCUGAACAAUCCAAGAAACAAGAGGGCAGAGAUGGAGAGGUACAUCCCAAAGCCUAUUGCGAAAGAACUGGCUCAGCAAGUAAUUAGUCAGCAACUGGUAGCUCAUUCAGACAAUCAGACUGCAGCAGAUGAGAUCGUUGGAAGAGCAGCUUCUGGGUCCCAUGGAGUUGAAUGUUCUCAACCUGCAGGCACAGCCAAGGGGAAGGUGGGGAACACUACAGAGUCAAGGAAUGAUGGUAGGCAGAGUAGGCAGGGAAAAGGGCAUGGAUCUUGGCGCCAACGGGCCUCAGCUGAUGCAACUUUUCUAGGUUUGCAAGAUGGACAUUAUUCCAACCCAAGUAAAAAUGAUCAGAAAUCAACUGAGCAGAACCAACACCAGAAGCCUGAUCUGAGCCUAGUGAAAGAGCAGCCCAAGUAUGAUGAAUGGAAUACUUCCGAUGGUUGGAACAUUCCUGAAAAUCCAGAUUCUGCUGUACCACCAGUAGUUCCUGUUGAAAGAGAUCAAGGAAUGACAGGCAGGGGAAAGAGGCAUGCAUUCAAGGGACACAAAGGAGGGGGAAACAAUUAUGAUUUUGAUCACAAGAAAAUUAAUAAUGGUGAAGCUGAUAAACUUAACCCACUAUCGUCAGUCCCUGAGAUGGUUCAGUUAGAUUCACCUGCUGCUUCAAAAGAAAAUCGUGGUGUUGGGGAUCGAUCAACAUCUCAUUGGCAACCCAAAUUAUCUGCAAUCAAUCAAAGAGGAAGCCGGCCUGAUGGUGAUCAAAAUGUUGGGGCUGAAAUUGGUAGGACUAGCACAAAGGAUUCUACCUGUCAGGGUAGGGUGUUACAUCCAUCUCAACUAGACAAAGAAACCUAUGAAGGUGUGACUCAGCCUCUUGAAUAUCAAUGUAUCUCUGAAAAAGGAAGUGUUGAAGAAUCACGUAAUGUUCAGUAUCACGAGUCUAAGAGGGAAAGGAAGGUAGCUUCACUUAAAAGACGCCCCCACUCCCCAAACCAAGGCCCUGGUCUUCCAGCCGAAGCUCCUCCAUUGAAUGUGGAUACUAGAAAUGAGCAGCGCUCAACGACAGGUUCCCGCAAAAAUGGAAACCAAAAGAACCAAUUUGGGAGAGGCCAUGAAUCUCGAGGUGAUUGGGGCUCAUCUGGACAAGAAAUGAAGCAGCAUAACCCAACUGCAAACCGUGAACAGCAGAGGCACAAUUCACAUUAUGAGUACCAGCCAGUUGGACCCCAGAACAGUAGGAGAGCAAAUAAUCUUGAAGGACCAAAAGAUUCUCAUGGUACAGGUGCAAGGUUCAGGGAGAGGGGUCAGAGUCACUCAAGGCGUGGUGGGGGAAACUUCCAUGGACGGCAAAGUGGCACUGUUAGAGUAGAUGGUGGUUAUGAUUAGUGAGGAAGGAAUUCAGGAUGGGUUUUUUAUUUGGUCAAAAACAGCGCUGCCAAGAGCAACACUGGUUUGAUCUUUCAGAUUUUCAGGUAUUUAUGAGUAGGCAGCAUUUUCUGUUGUAAAAACUAUUAAAUCUUCGCUGAACUGAUGCCAUAUGCAUUGAGCAGGGCUAGGAGAAAAGCAGAGGCAAAAUAUAAUAUCCGUUGAUCACUGGUACUCAAAAUACGGUUUAUUUCAUUUGUAAUUUUCUAGUGUAAUUUGGUCACAGUUUGUAUAUUGUGGAACCUUGGGCGCAUUUGUUGGAGCCUUGUAUUUGGAAUGAAGUAGCGAAGAAGUUUUAUAGUCUCCCACUUCAUUUUCAUCUUUGUCUG